GAUAAAACAAUCUUCAGCUCGCAUAAGGUUUAAGCAUCUGGCAACUACAAACGCUUGCAAGAAAGGGAAGGGAAUAAGGAAUGUGAAAAGAGAGACAAUAAUCACAGCGAUAUCGAUGGUUUCUUUAGAUUCUGAUACUGACAUUAAUUAGGUUUCGAUAGAGAGAGCGAGAGUGAGUAACAAUGGAGGCGGAAUUGAAAGAGAUGCUCAACGAUCUUCAAUCUCUCAAGCGAUCAUUGCAUGAUCCUUCUCACCAUGCUUCAAUCGAUAAGCUGCAAUUGCAUGUUGAGCAUCUCACUGGUCUUGCAAAGUCUGCAACAGUUCGGCGAAACAAAGUCAAGAUGAUCUGUAAAUGUGACUAAGCUUGAAUGUUUAAGCUAUCCAGCUCUGUUUGCUAUAUGGAAAGACAUUCUACAACAGGUUUCCUGCAAACACACCUCUGUCUUUACCUGAAGUCGUCUCUACCUUUGGAGUCUUGUUCUUUCUGUUGAUAAACCUGUCAAUCUCAUGCUCAUGAUAUCAAACUAGAAUUGAAUUAGUGAUAUGGGGAAUAACACUGAAUACCAGAUUGCCUCACAAGCAGCAGGAUCUAAGGCCAUGCUGGAGGAGGAUGAAUACAUACAAUCUCUUUUGGCUUCUAUACCAAAAUCUUCUAUUGAAAAUGGCAGACCAAGCAGUAUGGUCAUAAAGAAAGCUCAUACGGUUAUUCCGGCGCACAUAGUUGCGGAAGCCAUAUCAACAAUCCGAGGUCUUGACCUCAGAUGGUCAGGACCAAUCACACCAUCAGAGAUGAAAUAUGUUGAGCAGUAUGUCCUGGCAAAGUAUCCUCAAUAUGCUGGUCUUGUUGAAGGUGAAAAGAUAGAUAUCUCUAGUCUUUGUAUCAAUGAAGAGUCUCCAGAGGCCCCGGAGCCGAGUCCCGACCGCAAGGGCAAGUCUCCCAGGGGUGGCUUUAGAGAGUCCUCAACACCAUCUAAUGGAAGCAAUCUCCCUGAUCUAGACAGAACCCAACUGGAGGCAUCGAGACUACUUGAUAUACUCACCAAGAAAUCAUCCUUUCCGGGGAGUUUCAUUUCAAUACCUGAAAUACAAGCCAGAAACAAAGUCUUGAAGCACUGUGGAUUGCCUGAUGAGGAGUAUCUUGUUCUCUUCACACCAAGCUACAGAGAUGCAAUGAUGUUAGUAGGGGAGAGCUACCCUUUCUUCAGAGGGAAUUUCUACAUGUCUGUCAUUGGAGAAGAAAUGGAUUACAUAAGAGUGUUUGCAAGUUACAAGGAAUCAAAACUGGUUCUGGCACCAGAGACUUGGUUGGACUUAAGGAUCAAGGGAUCACAGCUUAGCCAGUAUUUUAGGAGGAAAUGUAAGUACACCCCAAAAGGGUUAUUCUCUUAUCCGGUUGAUGUCAACGGGACUCGUUAUUCGAUGCAUUGGGUCUCGGAGGCUCACCGUAACUCAUGGCAUGUUCUGCUUGAUUCAACUGCCCUGACUGUUGGGGAAGAAAGGUUGAAUCUUGGUCUUCAUCGCCCGGAUUUCGUGCUGUGCAGUCUUGACAAUACUCAUGCUCAUCCUUCAAAGAUCACUUGUCUUCUAGUUCGAAAGAAAUCCUUUGAUACCUCGGCCGCUUGAUCUUGGAGCAAUGAGUAAGGUGUGCUUUUAUUGUGAAUAUAGAGUAUGCUUGAAUAGGCUAUACGCAAUUCUGGAUUCUGUUCUUUGGUUACUAUAACCUGCCAAAUUGAAUAAUAAUCUUCCUCUGGAAAUCAAACCCUAAAGGAAGCAAAAUAAGUUUCUAAAGUUGCAUGAGUUUCUAAGAAAAGUUUACUUGA